CAGCAAAAAGGAGUCUACAGCACUCGGUGUUCCCAGGCGGUCACCCAUCCAAGUACUAACCGAGCCCGACGUUGCUUAACUUCAGUGAUCGGACGAGAACUGGUGCUUUCAACGUGGUAUGGCCGUAGACAAUAUAUAGGAAUUUUUCUGGCGGGUCUUUCUCGCAAAUCAAGGGGAAAUACCAGCAAAAAGGAGUCUACAGCACUCGGUGUUCCCAGGCGGUCACCCAUCCAAGUACUAACCAGUGAUCGGACGAGAACUGGUGUUUUCAACGUGGUAUGGCAGUAG